UUCACUCACUUCACCACCAGCAGCUCUCUACAACUCCACUCUCUUAUCCUUCCUUUUCCCCAUUUCCUUUACCCAAAACAAACACCACAAACCAAAAACACAAAACAAAGAAAAAGGAAAUGGGCAUCAGAAAAACGAACAAACUGGCUCAAACCGCAGUGCUCAAGCAAAUCCUGAAAAGAUGCUCAAGCUUGGGAAAGAAACAUGGCUACGACGAAGAUGGUCUUCCCAUCGAUGUCCCAAAAGGCCAUUUCCCAGUUUAUGUUGGCGAGAACAGAACAAGGUACAUUGUUCCCAUCUCGUUUUUGACACAUCCUCAGUUCCAAUGCCUCCUCCGCCAAGCCGAAGAGGAAUUCGGUUUCGAUCACGACAUGGGCCUCACCAUCCCUUGCGAAGAAGUCGUUUUUCGAUCCCUAACGUCGAUGCUCAUGAGAUGAUAUCACUGCAUAUUUUUAAGGUCAAGAGAUUUGCGUAUGGGAUUUUCUUGGAGAAGAGAUGACCAAGAUGAAGCUUAGCUAUAGAUAGCUAUAGCUUCUCUUUUUUUUAACAUCUUUUUCUUCAUUUUUCAUCAAUCUUGACCUUAAUUUGUUGGGGUUUUUUUUUGUACUUUUAUUCUUUUGGGGGUUGUGAAUGGAGGUUGGUUUUCCACCCUUUUGAGAUGUUUGAUUAUUGACCCUAACUUGAAACCCAUUAACAUAAAAUGGGUUUGGGUACAUUUGUAAAGUUUGAGAUCCAUUUUACUCACAGAGGUAGAUUGUUAUGUUCCCUGUGAGGCAAUUACUACUGUUUUUAAGGAAUUAAGGACAGCUUAAUUGACUGUUUGCCUUAUAAAUUAA